CCGCGACCCGACCUCGGAUAAGCGGAAGAAGAUGGAUGGAUGGAUGGAUGGAUGGAUGGAUGGAAUUUUGCAGACCUCUUUGGAGGAAAAUGUCAUUACAGGCUCUAGUGCUUCUGGACCAGCAGCCACCAGAAAACAUGAAAACUGUUUUUUCAGAGAAAGGAUAAUGUGACCUGAGCUUUAGCUGGAUUACAAAGUGGGCUAAAGAGCUUCUCCGUUUUCUUUUCCCUCCGGUUGUUCCCGACCAGGAUGUGGCACUCUGUGGCUCUUCUCCUCUCUGGACUCUCCGCUUUGAUCAACGUGUCUUUGCAGGGGCCUCACCAGAGGAACCUGCUGAAAAACCUCCUGAAAGACUACAACCGGAUGGAGCGGCCAGUGGGGAAUGACUCCCAUCCUCUGACCGUCUUCUUCACCCUCAGUUUGAUACAGAUCAUGGACGUGGAUGAGAAGAACCAGGUGUUAACCUCCAACAUGUGGCUUCAGAUGAGUUGGUACGACCACUACCUGCAGUGGAACCAGAGCGACCACCCUGGCGUGAAAAACCUCCGCUUCACCACAGAUCAGGUCUGGACUCCAGAUAUUCUGCUCUACAACAGUGCAGAUGAUGACUUCGACUCCACCUUUAAGACCAACAUUCUUGUAAACUCCAGCGGCUUUGCAAAGUAUCUCCCUCCAGGAAUCUUUAUGAGCACGUGCAAUGUGGACGUCCGCUGGUUCCCAUUCGACAUCCAAAAAUGCGAGUUAAAGUUUGGCUCCUGGACGUAUGACGGCUGGCUGCUGGACCUCCAGAUGACCGAUGCUGACAUCUCAGGAUACAUGCCCAACGGAGAGUGGGACUUAAUUGGUGUUCCUGGCACCAGAAAUGAGGUUUUCUACGACUGCUGCAAGGAGCCGUACCCAGACGUGACGUUCGUGAUCACAAUCCGGAGGCGGACGCUCUACUACGCCCUGAACCUGCUCAUCCCUUGCGUGCUGCUUUCCUCCAUGACCCUGCUGAUCUUCGUGCUGCCAGCCGACUCAGGAGAGAAGAUUUCACUGGGUAUCACCGUUCUGCUAUCGCUCACUGUUUUCAUGCUGCUGGUGGCUGAGAUAAUGCCCGCCACGUCGGACUCUGUCCCGCUCAUAGGCCAGUAUUUUGCCAGCAUAAUGAUCAUCGUUGGGAUGUCAGUCAUUGCCACAGUUGUGGUUUUACAGUAUCAUCACCACGAUCCAAAUGGAGGGCACAUGCCGAAAUGGGUGCGUCUCGUUUUGCUGCAGUGGGUCGCCUGGUUCCUGAGGAUGAAGCGGCCAGGGGAGAACGACGAUCCGGAGCGACCGCCCUGCGCCCCACACCUACGCCGCUGCUCCUCAGGAUCACAGAGCGGCAGCAUUCCCAACCCUCCCGACCCGACCCUCCACCCGCUGCACCCGCAGAACCUGACGCCUCUCCAGACGGGGCCGCUCCACGCGGGACACCCUCACCUGCAAACCAGCGCCAACAACAACGGGAACCUUCUCUACAUGGGCUUCCCGAGCAUCGAGGACUCUUCGGUUCUGUCGGAGCCCGUCCAGAGGAAUAACAUCUCUGUAGGACCUCCACGGGUGGCAGGAAGUCCGCCUCCUCACCUGCCGUCGCAGUUCUGCAGCUCCCCUCCGCCUCCAACUCCCAACAUGGACACAGUGGGGUGUCCCAGCACUGUCUCUAGUGGCGGAGGUUUUGGAGGGGGACCAGGAGGGUGCUCAACAUCUGUGAUGGGCGACCCGCAGCUGCAGGCCAUCCUGGAGGAGGUGCGCUACAUGGCAGACCGUUUCAGAGAGCAGGACGAGACCGAGAGCAUGGCUGACCAGUGGAAAUUUGCAGGCGCUGUGAUUGAUCGCCUGUGCCUGGUGGCGUUUAGCGUCUUCAACAUCAUCUGCACCAUCUCCAUCCUCAUGUCGGCUCCAAACUUUGUGGAAGCUGUUUCUAAGGAUUUUGUUUGAGGGGGUAGGGGUAAACAGGAAGAAAAAAAAAACACACACACACAUGGAAAGGAACAUUUUGGAGAAAAUUAAGUAUGGGAUGCAGAACGGAACGGGAUCUGAUCCAAGGAAACACGAUAUCCAGCAAACUGUAUGCGCUGUGAUUUGUGAUUGCAAGGAUCUGGGGGAAUGGAAAGAAACUAAUGGUUUUCUUUGCAAUACAUUCUGUUUUGUAACCCAAAAAGAAGAAAACAGAUGAUGAAGGGAAUACAAGGUGAAGUUUAAAUGAAAUUAGAGUGCAGGGUGCUUUAUCAGAUUCUUGACAAGGUGAAAUUGGUUUUUGAGGCCGAUUUGAAGAGGACUUUUGUUUAAAAUUAAAGGGAAAUACGAGUCUGACAAGGACGCCAAUGCAACCUGAGGUAAUGACGGUCUGAUGUCAGGGAAGACUGUUGGCAUAAAAGAGGAAGAAGAGACAGACAGAUAGGCAGCGACAGAUAAAAGAGACGGAUAUGUGACUGUUUCAUUUCCUCAGAUAGGGGAAACAGCCUCUUAGUCCCACAGGUGGAGAAAAUACUGCAUCACUCAAAGUGAUGUGAGAAGAAGAGGCUUUUACAAGGACACAAAACAAAGAGCAGACGUGAAGGACAGACACUGUCCCUCUGGGAACCUGAGACAGGCAGAGUUUUGAGAAGCUGCUUGAUGCUCAGAUGCACAAAAGAUGACCGAAGAUCAAGAGCGUCGCAUCGCACAGGAACUCAUCUAUUAUUCAAUCACUUUUCGGCUAAUGACAGUCAAAUUGAAAGGCUUUGGAUAAUCCUUCAGACUAACAAGCUUCUCAAAGAUGAACUCCCAUCUCUGCUUUUGAGCCACUUUGAAUCUCCAAGACCUUAUCUCUGUGAGACGAUUGCCAAUCAGAACGCUCCUCAGCGGCUCUCUCUGUGUGCGGCGCUCGUCCCGACCCGGAAACUGGAAUUAGCCGCUCGUUCCAGGGCAGCGGCCCGUCGCUGCGCCACUGUGGAGACCGAUGAAAAUUCAUGCACCGGUUACCUAACUGCAUCUGGCAGGUCAUAACGGACCAACGAAACUCAUUGGAUUUCAUAUUAAAGGUUUAAUAACUCAGGCAGGAGGUCAGGGCUCUAAAAGGACACCAGAGGCAGAAGGAAGAGGAUGAAAUCAUUGAAUGUGGAGGAGCAGGGUCCUGUUAAUUUCCUCUGACUGGUUUACUGCUUCUUGACAGUUUUAAUUUCAAUAUAUUUUCAUGAAAUUAAGAGCGCAAAUCAACACCACAGCCUUCAUACAGGGAUUUUCAACAAAAUAUAGCAAGUCUCUCUGCUGGCAAUUUGAAUAAAAACAUCAUUUUAGCUGGGCUUAAUUCAGAAAUAUUAAAUACAAUUUGUAUUUAUUAGACAGUCUCAUCCUAGUUUUUAUUCAUACUACAGUGGCUUGUAAAGGUAUUCAUAGAUCUUGAACUUCACAUUUUAUCCAGGUACAACCUUAAACUCAGAGGAAUUUCAGUGAGACCCUAGUUUUGGAUUUGUUAUCAGACCUAUGUGUCAGUACUUUGUAGGACCAAAACAUCUUUAAUCAAUCAAUCAAUCAAAUUGUAUUUGUACAGCACAUUUCACCAACAAGGCAGCAAAAAAAUUAAAAUCAACAAUUGAAGCAUUAGAUGUUUCCAAGUGCUGUCAUUACAUGUCAAAAUGUUGGUUAGUCUUUCAUUUAUUAUGGUACCAAAGCAACUAAACAGACUUUAAAAAGUCUUAAAUUCAUGUAGCUAAAAUUAAGGCUUUAAAGUGUCUUAAAUUCAUUAAAAAUACAAAUCUCAGAAAUUCUCUUAUAUAAAACUUGGACAUUUCUGACCGUGAAAAGUUGGAAAUAUUCUAGGAAUCAUUGAGAAAAUUCCACGUUUUUCUAGAAAACUUACGACAUUAAUCUCAAAAGUUUUCUGGCAUAAAUUUACUCGUCAUUUUUUUCUAUCUGCCUAUUGUUUUUUAUCUAGUUCUAAAAACAUUAAAAUCUAACUUCAACAAACUCUAGGUUAUUGUUUUAAGAAAAUUCAAAAUCACAAACAAUCUAUUUUCUGCUCUAUUUCAGUCUCUGACAUCGUAGUGGAGGAAUUUUGACCCUCUCUUCACGACAAAGUUGCUUCAGUACAUUAAGAUUUGCAGACAUUUGUUUCUCCCUCAAGGCCUCAGCGCAGCAUUUCAAUCAGCUCCAGGUCUGGAUUUUGGCUCGUCCGCUGCAGCACCAUAACUCUUUUCUUUCUCACUCAUUCUGGGGGAGAUUUGCUGCUGUGUUUAGGAUCACUACUGCUAUCCUGUUUGGUCUCAUCUGUCAAAACAACCUUGUUUCUGUAGUCUUGUUCACAAAGUCAUGCUACCAAUGUUUUUAUAAAGAAGAGGCUUUUCUCUUGGCUUGUACUGUUAUUAUGUAAUUUGCUAGCUGAGGCCUGAAGAGUUUGUGAUGAAGCUUUUUGGUUUAUCUCCUCCUGGGAAAAUUGGCAGCUGUCCUAAAUAUUUCACAACGUUAAUAAUUUCCUUAAUGCCUCUCAGGUUAAUGGGCAGCAGCUAUUACUCCUGGUUUCAGUCGUGGCAACUAAUCAAGUGAUUUUUUUAUUAAGAGGAAUGAGUUUUUUCUUCUUGUUUUAUAAGGACUGUAUAUCUUCGGGUUGAUGUGUCACAAAAAACUAACUUGAUUUUAAUGUUAAGGAUUACCGUACUGAAUAUCAGUUUCCAAUAAGAAAAAAGAGAUUCAGCUUAAAAUAAAACAACAAUCUCAGACGAAGUAAACAACUGACCUGUAUUUCUUUUCUAUUUUAUUCCCAAAGUGUACCAGUCACUAAAUAAACUACCUUCAAACUGCCAGCAAAGAUACAAAAUCUAAUUGUUAUAGAAGAAGCAAACAAAGCAAAACAAGAAAAACUUUUAAAAUUAGAGAUUGGCAUUAUGAGAAAUAUUUUUGUUACAUCAACAAAUCCAGUUUGAUUUCAUUAAAUAGUGAACAGAAAUGCUGCGUAUUGCAGUAUCAGCAAACGUCCCUCAACGUUUCAGCUGCAGAUUAAUUUACAUCUGAAGCUCUGGAGAGUUUUUACAGCAGCUGGAUGAUGUAUGUGGGACUGAUUGGGAAUAAAACAGGAGCGCCUCCAUUCAUCCUAAUAGGAAAACAUGACCAGUGCAAUGUGUGGCUUAUUAAUGAGCUUCUAAUCAUGUUAUGACAGGAGGAAAAUAAAUCUCAGCUCUUAGCCUCACGGGCUGUGUUUAUUGGUGUUGGAUAGAUUUGCUGUUUGGGGUUUUCAUAGGAUAUAGCGAUAUAUAUCCACAUUUAUUGCCACUUUGAUUUAUUUAAGUAAACCAUGAAUAUUUUUGUAGUUUUCCUGGGAACGCUUAAGCUAGAAGUUGCAGAAAAGGUUUCUCCAGACGAUUGAGGAGUUGUUGAAGGAAUAUUCGGAGUUUCGAGUUAAAUCUACAUUCAUUUUGUGAACCUGGAGAAAAGCUACAAGUAGUUGUGGGGCAUUUAUCGUAUUGCUUUUUCUUUAUCGUGCUAAAUUUCUUAUAAAAAGUUUUAGUUCUUUUUUUCACAAUAAAUUUCAAUUAAUGAUGUUUCAACUCCCCCAAAGCUGUUCAUAUUGUCGUAAUUUAUAUUUUUUACCAUUUUCUCCACCAAUGAGAUCAAUAAAUAAGAAUACAAGUGAAAAUAUGAGUAAAUGCAAAUACUGUGUGCAGUUUAGUAAUGCAUAUCAUACUUAUUUGUGACUUAUGUCCUGAAGACAUGUAUUACAAAUGGCUAUGAUUUAUAAGAGCGGUGUGUUUUCAGGAUUUUUUUUAUUGCAAAAAAUAAAUAGUAUUGUCAUGUUUAUCGUUAUCCCAAUAGUACUACCAAAUAUCCUGAUGAAACUUUGUCCAUAUCACCCAUCCCUGGAUACAAUCAUGUCCCCCUGAAGCAUUUUGUGAGACUUUGAAAGGUUAUCUGGAGAUUGUAUUUCUAAAUACGUGUUCCCAGAUCAAAGCCAAGCUCGUGAGUGAGAUCGUGUAUCUUGGUGUCUUGUCCAUGACAAGAUACCAAGGAUAUAGCUGCCAAGUCUGCAGUAUUAUUAGUUAUGCUUCAACCUGUCAAAGUGAAGGAAACUCUCAAUUUAUCGGUCCAUUCAUGGUCCAACAACCAUUCCAAGUGUAACCUAAUUUCAUCCCAGAUUAAAGUGGCUGAAAUGAACUUCUGCACUACAAAAACACAAUAAUCUUACCAAGUAUUUUUGGUCUAGUCCAAAUAUCUUAGUACAGUACACUUC